UCCGUCAUCCGUCUUCUCUCAGUCACCUAAAAAACCCUUUUGAAAGGUAUAUCUCUUCCAGGUUUAUCCACAAAACCAAUAAGCAAUGGCUCUCUCCUUCACAUCUCUGUCAAACAUUGGCUCGCUCUCAGCUCAACGAAGUUUAUCGUCGGUGAAAACCGCGAAUACUUCGUGCUUAAGUUCUCAGAAGCUUGGUAAAUCUACGUUGUUAGCAUCAUCGAGCUUUCUAUCUGGCUCGCUGCGGCUGUCGUCUUCACCGAACCUCUCUUUUCAGAGAAAAUCCGGAGGUUUAUCUUGCUCUGUUAGAGCUAGCGCUGAGGUCGCUACACAGGCAAAAGUAACCAACAAAGUAUUUUUUGAGAUAAGCAUUGGGAAUCCAGUGGGAAGUUCUGUAGGAAGAAUUGUGAUUGGACUCUUCGGUGAUGAUGUGCCCCAAACGGCUGAAAAUUUCCGUGCUCUGUGCACAGGAGAGAAAGGUUUUGGUUACAAGGGUUCUGCAUUUCAUCGUGUCAUCAAGGAUUUCAUGAUUCAAGGAGGGGAUUUUGACAAGGGAAAUGGCACUGGUGGCAAGAGCAUAUAUGGCCGGACAUUUAAGGACGAGAACUUCAAAUUAACUCAUACUGGACCAGGAACUGUUAGCAUGGCAAAUGCAGGACCCAAUACUAAUGGAAGUCAAUUCUUCAUAUGCACUGUCAAGACACCAUGGUUGGAUGAGAGACACGUUGUGUUCGGUCAAGUUAUCGAGGGCAUGGAAAUAGUUAAGCAGAUCGAGGCACAACAGACGGAUAGAGGCGAUCGCCCACUAAAGCGAGUUGUUAUCAGCGAUUGUGGUGAACUUCCACUUGUCUGAAGAGGAGUUUGCGAGUGUACCGGUUAUUGUAGCUUGCUUUUACAGGCAGAUAUGAAGAGAUUGUUCGACAAUGAGGCUCUUUCCCUUUGAUAUCAUCUACUAAACUUGUAUUCUCUAUGAAAUUGGCUCGGAAAAUACCCGCACAUUCAUAAACCUGUUUCAUCGAAAUAACCAAGUAACCCUUUUUCAAUUUC